UAAAAAUCGAAAAUAUAAAAUUCUUCCACUUCCAGUCUAGUAGUCUAUGUUCCAUCUUCAUAGCCAAGUUGCUGUCUAAAACAGUGAUACAAAGGAAGUGGACUUUCAACAUACUAAAAACACAGCUAGUACCCACUUACUCUAAAUUACUAAUACUAAUAAAUGAACUUAAAAUUGAUUUCUUCCUUGGCCUAGAGGGUUCAAGAGGUCCCCCUUUUCUUUUCUUUUAUUUAUGAAAAUAUUUUUGGGGGGUAGCUUAGAUGUCCCAUGAUGGGGGCAUAAAUCUUUAUCAAAUAGAAGCCACAAAGUAGGAAAAAGUGGAAGAGUGGUCACAGGAUUUAGGGCGGGCCUUUCUUUUGAAAAACAAAAAAAAAAAUAUAUAGAUCAAACCCAGUAAGAAACCCACGUUCCUAUUAACACCCCUAACCGUCCCCCUUCUUUCCCACCACCUCUCUACCUUCUACAACCUCUCUCUCUCUCUCUCUCUGUUUCUCUCUCUCUCUCUCAAUUAUCAUUAUUCCAAUUCAGCUCCUAAUCACAUUCUUCUCUGCAACUCACAAAACACCAAAAAAAGAAGAGAAAAAAAAAAACCUUAAACCUUAAUAAUAUCAAAUACUAACAGUUUCCCAAAAACCAAAUGAAGUGGGGAAGAAGAAAACUUCACCCUCCUCCUUCACCUCCUUCUUCUUCUCGGCCUUCUUUGAUCUCCCAUGUCUUUCCCAUGUCAUGGAUUUCCAAGUUCAAGCAAAAGAGUGCUACUACUUCUGAGCAAAAACCCAGAAAAGCAAAUUACAAAGGGAAGUGGAAUUCUCCGACUUUAAUGAGCUCACCAAAGUAUGCUUGUAAGGAUAAUGGUGGUGGUUUCUAUGGUUUAGAGGAUGAUGAUGCAUAUUGGAGACUGUCAUUUCGAGAAGAUGGUGCUGAAGGGAAGAAAGAUAGGGGUGUUUCGCAAUCGGUUUGGUAUGAUUCAGAUGAUGGUGAUGAGUUUCAAGUUCCGUCCUCGAGUUGUCGAAACUGCAGAGUGAAUGCUGUGAAAGUGAGUGAAAGAGAAGAGAAGCAAAAGUUGAACGGCAUGCACAGAUGUAAGAAAGAGAAAGAAACAGGUCUGAGAACUCCAAGGAGUAGAAAUGAAAAAGAGUGGAAACUAAGGAAGGCAAAGCGAGGGGCUACUGAGAAGAAACCGGAAUUUAGAAGAGAACAGGGUAAAGCAGAGAAGGGAUCAACAAAAUGUGUGGAGCAGGAUAUAUUGGAAAUGGAAGAUUUCACAGGAAUUUGUAGACAAGAGAAGGAAAAGUUCUUACCAAUUGAUUCAGACACCAAAAAGAAACAUCAUUAUGUCUCUCCAACGGAUUCAAGAAAUCCAAUUCUGAAUCAACCAAUUUCUGAAGAACAAAUGAGCUCAAAUUGGAAAAUUCUGAAACAACAGAAAAUGGAAGAGAUAAAGUCAAGGAGUGAGGAACACAGAAAGUCCCUACACAUAAGCAGGGAAUUUCAGAGGAGAAAAACAAAAGUGAAUAACAAAGUCAGAGUUUAUUCUCCAAGAACAACUUCAAGGGUUGAAAUAUGCAAGAUAAAAGCUCUCGAGGACAUGAAGAAGGCCAAAUUGAAGAUGAAGAAGGAGACUAAAGAGAGAACAGUGCAGUUAAAAAAUGGGUUAGAUAGCUGUGCAGUGGUAAAGUGUUCCUACGAUCCACAGCAAGAUUUCAGAGACUCAAUGAUUGAGAUGAUCAUGGAGAAAGGGAUUAACCAACCGGAAGAGCUCGAAGAACUCUUGGCUUGUUAUCUGACAUUGAAUUCUGAUGAAUACCAUGAUCUUAUCAUCAAGGUGUUCCGACAGGUAUGGUUCGAGCUGAAUCAAUCCAGUUAUGGUACUGAAUUUACAGAAUGAACAAUGCUGUUUUAUGACUAAGUUUCUGUGUUAGCUGGUGAUACGAAAAAUGUUAACCACAUUGUAAAUUAGUUACACUCUACUGUUAUGAUACUUUGCGCUUCUAAUUGCAUUAGACUUUUUAGCUUCAAAAAUUAUUGUCUAAACUUUUGAAUUAAAUUUCAUCGAAAUUUACAUUCUAUUAUAAGAUCUGGGUUCCUCUAUUCUCAGUACAUAGGAUAAAGAUGAGCAAUUUUGGGACUUCCACUGUUGUUGUUAGCUUAUUUUUCUUCAAAGAGAAGCAGACACUUAACCUUACAACCUUGCAGACAGAGAAACCCGUGAGCAUGUGGCAUUCCAGUAAACAUUUCAGUGUCAUCACAUUUCCAAGAAAGAAUAUCCUCUUUGCAAACUUUCAUUAAAUGGAAGUGCAUGUAUUUUUGGGUAUAUUCCCAAAACAACCUUACCGAGUAAUACCAAUAUGUGAAACAAGAAAUCAAAGUAAGCGUCAAUCUUCAAACUUCAAAGCACGCCCAUUACUCAUUAAGAACCAUAAGGCCAUUUGGUUAAAGAAUAAGUACUAGGGAAGAAGCAGAGUGACGUGUGCUAAUGGCAUAGACUAGGAUCAUGGCAAGCCUAGUGUUUGGACAUUAAUGAAAUCUUAAAGAUCGAGACUCAAUAAUGGGGAAGUCAAUAAAGCUAGAAUUUGGCACACCCAAUGUCGAAUACGUCAGAAUGGGCAACAGCAUGCAUGGAAUUGGAAUCUCAUUUUCCGAGCAAAUCUCAGAGGACUUCAAGGAACAUAAGCAUUAAUGAAUCAACUACGUAGGCAGGAAUGAAAUAUGUCACGUCGUGCUCCAACAUCACAGAGCCAAGUACUUGUACUACCUUCCACUGUU